AUGGACGGCGGGAUGCGAUCGCUCGUGCAGACGACAAUCCUGCGCGUGUUCUGGCGAAGGAGACUGCGUGAACCCAAGGCUUCGGCACGCAUCACGGUCGUGACCAGUGCCCUAUGCCUUGCUACGCAGUCCAAAGCCACGGACAGCAGGAGGGCGACGAGCGCAGGAGGGCCUGUCCAGUCCGAGCCACACGCGGUCGCAACCAAUUUCGACCGUCUCGCCCCGCGUGCCUCGUCAAUUGCUGUAUCUGCAUAUCCAAUCUCUCGCCUUUGUCUCUGUACACUCCGGGCAUCCACACCUCUCGCGACGUUGACGGCAUCUUCGACGUGA